CCACCGUUGGUCUCUGCCAGUUUCUUCCAUUCGUCUUCCCCUGUUUUACCUCAAAAAACAGUUUAUUCAUUUUCCCAAUCCCACCACCAAAAAUCUAGUGAAAAUCUAAAUCUCAAAUCCAGAAAAGAAGAAAAAUGUCAGACGAUGAAGCAGUGGAAGAGUACCUAUUCAAAAUAGUGAUAAUAGGGGACUCAGCCGUGGGAAAAUCCAACCUUCUCUCUCGAUAUGCACGUAACGAGUUCAAUGCUCACUCCAAGGCAACCAUAGGGGUGGAGUUUCAGACCCAGAGCGUGGAGAUUGAUGGCAAGGAAGUUAAGGCUCAGAUUUGGGACACUGCAGGCCAAGAGCGUUUCCGUGCUGUGACUUCUGCUUAUUACAGGGGUGCUUUUGGUGCUUUGUUGGUUUAUGAUAUUAGCAGGAGAGCUACUUUUGACAAUGUUGCUCGGUGGCUCGAUGAACUCAACUCACAUUCUGAUACGACAGUGGCAAGGAUGCUGGUGGGAAACAAAUGUGAUUUGGAAAAUAUCAGGGAAGUGACUUUGGAAGAAGGUAAAAGCUUGGCAGAAGCAGAAGGCUUGUUUUUCAUUGAGACAUCUGCACUUGAUUCCACCAACGUCAGAACUGCGUUUGAGAUUGUCAUUCGAGAGAUCUAUAACAACGUGAGCAGGAGAGUGUUGAAUUCUGAUUCAUACAAAGCUGAGUUAACUGUCAAUAGGGUAAGCCUUGUGAAUGAUGAUGGCUCAAAGCAAACUCAGACCAAGAACUCAUGCUGUUCUUGAUAAGUUCUGUUCAAUUUGAUACAGUGCAAAUGAAGGGUUAUUCAUAUUUCUAUACUUUUUCUUCUCUGCAUUAA